AUCUGUAUUUUGCAUCAGUGUGCUUCAGUUGUCUGUAUUAGCACAUAUCAUUAAAAAUUCUUAUUAGUUUUUUAAAUAUAUCUAUUUAAAAAGAAUAUUCGGGAAAAAGCUACGUAUCUUGCAUUUGUUUUUUUUUUCUAAACAAAAUUUUAUGUGUUCUUUGUUUAUUCAUAACGUUAUCAGUGACCUUGAUUUCAGGGGUAUCGAAUUCUAAUUACUUUCCCAUUAUUUGAAUUCGGUACCACAACAUUGUAAUAAAUCACGGUAAUCCGUCGUUUGACAGCAAUGCUUUUUUAUUAAUGUUACUAUGUAAUGACUGCAUGUACGUAACAUUUGCAAAAACACAAAACAGUACUAAAAGGGUGGGCGCGGCGCCACUGUUCUCGUUUCAGCGCUACCACACUGCACUUAACUAAUGCAUGCCGAUUCAGCAACAGCCAUUCACUAACAGCAAGCUAUGAAUCCCACAGAUAAACGCUUCUACCAGCUGACGCUAGCCAUCCAAAAGGCUAUCAACGCCAACGAAAUUCCCGUAAAGGAAAAGCAUGUCAGAAGCACAAUUAUUGGCACAUUCCAAGAGCAGAGCGCCGCCACAUAUUGGAUGGUGGCGCUUCGUUUGCCUCUUCAGGACAAUCGAAUUGUGGCAUGGAAAUUUUGUCACGUGACACACAAAUUACUGCGCGAGGGGCACCCCGCCUGUCUGGAUGAUUCGCAGCGUCACAUCGGCAUGAUAGAAAACUUAGGCAAACUGUGGGUGCACCUGCGCGAGGGAUACGGCAAGCUGGUGCACCUGUACUGCAGUUUGCUGGUAUGCAAGCUCAAGUUCCACGCGCGCAACCCUCGCUUUCCGGGCCACAUGCAGCUCACCGCCGACGAGCUGGACGCCAUCGCUGAGAACGACGUCAACAACUAUUUCCAAAUAUGUGUUGAGUUGUUCGACUACAUGGAUGAAAUACUUUCACUUCAGGCUGCCGUGUUCGACAGUCUGGGCAACGCACGCGCCAACUCGAUGACAGCGAGCGGUCAGUGUAGGCUCGCGGCUCUCAUCCCGUGCGCCCAGGACUCCUCACACAUAUACGAUUGUAACGUUCGCCUCCUGUUUAGACUGCAUGCUGCUCUGCCAGAAGACACUCUUGUUGGCCAUAGAGCUAGAUUUCGACAGCAGUUCAAGAAGCUGAGCUCCUUCUACAAGCACGCGAGCAAUCUUCAAUAUUAUAGGAAUUUACUCACGUUACCUGUGCUGCCGUCCGAACCACCUAACUUCUUGUUGCAAAGCGAUUUCGGUACAUAUGUGGCGCCGGUGGUGACCAUCCCAGAACUACCUCCGGAUGAAGUGGAUGCGGUCGGCUCGCUCAUCGAUACUUCCGAUACCGUCAGUCAGGCAACAACACCUGAUCAAUUGGACGCGUUUGACACCCGCACUACUCCGUCCCCGCAGCCCGAUCCGGUCGUCGAACGCGACAAACUUAUCGAACAUCUCCAGAAUGAACUCAAGAGGCUCAGGUUAGAGAGAACGCAACUAGUACAAGACAGGAACACGAUGUUGAGUUCAAUGCGAGAACACUGCACUAGGUUAGAAUCACAACUUCACACAACUAAGACUGAACUAGAAGAAGAAAAGCAGAAAGCGGAAAUAUUAUCGACUCAAACCCCAGAAAUAAAACAGAAACUUGUAGAGACCGAAGAGAAAGCUAAAGUUACAGAUGAAAAGUUCCAAAAAUUAAAAGGUGCAUACACGCAACUACGAGAGGAACACAUAACAUUAAUCAGACAGAAAGCAGAAGUAGAUAAAUUAGCAGCAAGUUUACGAGCAGCAGCCGCGCAACACGAGAGUGCCAAACAGGCAUUACAGCAACAGCUUAAUGAUAGAAUAAAGGAUGUAGAGUUACUACAACAAAGUUCUUCCUCAAGUGAAGAAAUUGAUGCUUACAAAACAGAAAUUGCCGAUCUUCGUGCUCAAAUUGAACUGUCGAGGCAAAAGGAAGUUGAAUUAGAAACGUUACGAGCUUCCAUGGAGGCCUUAGAAAUUGAACAUAAGACUGCUACUGCAGAACAAUUAGAAAAAAUUACCACAACUGCUAAUGAUUUGAGAGAAACAAAAGAAAUAUUAGAAGUAAUCAAGCGCGAGAAAGAUGAGAGAGAAACUGAGUUGAAUAAAGUGAAAGAAGAGUUAGCAGGAUUUAGAGAAAAAAGUGGAGACGAGUAUAAAAAGGUUGUGGAAGAAAAAGAAGCGGCAUUAAAACAAGUAGCAGAGUUAACACAGCAACAUCUACAAGAAAAGGAGGAACAGAUACUUUGCAUGAACAAAUUGCAUGAAGAGAUAGAAUCGUUGCAACAGAAGUGUAUAGAAUCUGAAGCAAAUUUCGGUGUAAAAGUCAAACAAUUGAAUGAAGAACUUAACAGUAAUAAAAAAAGUUUUGAAGAUAUUUUAAAUGAAAGAGAUAUCGAAAUUAAAGAAUCCCUAGAGCGACUUGUACAAAUGGAAACUCAACUAAACAACAUAAAAUCACAAUAUGAUGAUAGAAUUAAGGAAGAAACUAUGAAAGUAGAUAAUCUUCAAGAGCAAAUAGCACAGCUAGUACAAAAUCGCGAUACCAAUACUGCAUUACUGGAAGAUAUAAAAACAGAAAAAAAUAGUCUACAAGUGAAAUUAGAAAAAGCUACAAAUGAGCUAUAUAUAUUACAGGAAUCGAUUAAUGAAAAAACUACAUUAAUUCAAAACUUAGAAAUGGAAUUAGCAGAGACUGAAACUAAUAAUCAAACUGCUUAUGAAGAAUUAGAAAAAAGAAAAGACGAAGAAAUUUCUAUGUUUAAAGAACAAUAUAAAUCAGAAAUACAAAAUAAACUUGAUGAAAUUUCCGAGUUAAGAAAAUUGCUUCAAGAAAAUACAGAAUUAGGAAACAAACAGAAAACAAACAGUGAGUAUUUAGUGAAUACAAUAUCAGAACUGGAAACCAAAAUUUCAGACCAGAAUAAUGAAAUUGAACAACUUUCUUUAAAAUUGAAAGAUGCUAAUGCUACACUGGAUAAGAAAAAUAGUGAUUUUAAUGUAAAAGAAAAGGAAUAUAAUUAUGAAAUCACAAUGUUAAAAGAUAAACUCCAGAACGUAGUCGACAGCAAAGAUGAAUUGAUUAACAGUUUGAAAACAAUGAUAUCAAGUAAAGAUGAGCAAGUAAUAUCUCUUAAUGUAGAGGUAAAAAAGCUAACAGAUGAUAUCUUAAAACUUAAUGAAGAACUACAAGAAGCCCAAGCUGAACUGGAAAUAGGAAAAAAUGAAUUACUAACUUUAGAAGAAGAACAUCAAAAUAUUACAGAGCGAAAUGACAAUAAUUUAGUAUUGAAAAAUAAAGAAUUAAGAUCGUUGCAUGAUGAAAUAUCAAAAUUAAUUCAAGAAAAGUCACAAUUAAUUACUGAAAAACAAAAAUUGAUUGAUGAUUUCACUUUAGAAAAACAGGUUUACACUAAUAAUAUAAUGGAAUUAGAAGACACUCAUAAAAAAUUACAAAUAGAUUGUAAUAACAUCAGAGCUGAAAAAGAUGUGGUAUCAAAUGAACUGAAUGCUGAAAUAAACAGAUUAAAAAUAGAAAAUGAGCAAUUGAUAAUAAAUAGAGAUAAAGAAAUUGAGUCAUUAACAGAAAAAAAGGAGAAACAAGAGGCUAUAUUAAAAAUAGAAAUAACUGAAAAAGAUCAAACUAUUGCGGAAAUAAAUGAUACUUUAAAGACAUUAAAGGCUGAACUACAAACUUUGCAUGAGUUAAAAACAAAAGAGAAAGAGGAUAUGGAAAGUAUUAUAUCUGAAAAAGACAGAGAGAAACAGAUGUUGAUAGCGCGACUAGAACAAUCGGACACUAAACGUUUGAAUGUGGAAUGUGAAUUGCAGGAUUUGUUGCAACAUAACACAGUGCUCGAAGCUGAUCUCACCGCUGUUAAGAUGCAGCUAGAGGAAGCACGAAGAGAACUGGAAACACAGAAAUCAAAGGUAGUGCAGUGCGCUGGCGAGGCGGCGCUAGAGGUGACACAGGAGGCACUAGCGGCACUAGAGAGGAGCAACCCGCAGGAAACCAACCGUACAGCGGCUGAUGUCGCGGCCAAGGCUCUCGAGGAACUUUCGAAGCACACCGAUCUGAAGGGCCACGAGGAAACGGCGGCGCGGUCGGCGAUCCUCGCCGCGCACAACACGGCCCAGCUCUCCGCCUAUGUCGCAGAAUUGUGCGGCGUAUCCACGGAUAUGGCGCUCUCCGAUAAACUACACAAUGACUGCCGUACAAUGUUGAGUACGACGAAACAGUGUCUCGAGUCGCUGAAAAGCGGCGCGGCACCGAAUGCGGCGUAUGCGGAGGCGCGGCGACAUGUACAGGACGUGGCAGCGGCCGCCGCCGCCGCCGACAGCGCCGCCGCCGGCCUCCGCAGCGUCGACGACGAGCUCGCCGACAUGGGUGCCGCUAUAGAGGACGCAGCCUCGCAGAUAGAGGAAAUGUUGGCCGCAAGUCGCGCGGGCGACUCCGGUGUCAAACUGGAAGUGAACGGCAAGAUACUAGACGCGUGUACGACCCUCAUGGGCGCGGUCAAGAUCCUCGUGCAAGACGCGAGGAAGCUGCAGAAUGAGAUCGGGGACCCCAAGACGAGGCAGAAGAUGUACAGAAAGAACCCGCAGUGGUCGGAGGGACUUAUAUCAGCGGCCAAAGCGGUUGUGUUUGCUGCUAAGCUUUUAGUGUCGUCGGCGGACGAGGCGGUGGGCGCGGGCGGGUCGGGGCGCGUGGAGGGCGUGUCGGCGGCGGCGCACGAGGUGGCCGGCAGCACGGCGCAGCUGGUGGCCGCGUCGCGAGCGCGCGCGCCGCCCGCCGCGCCGUCGCUCGCGCGCCUGGCCGCCGCCUCGCGCUCCGUGGCCGCCGCCGCCGGCGCCGUCGUCGCCGCCGUGCGCGCCGGCUCCGCCCUCGUCCAUGAACAGGAGGCCCUAGAUACGUCAGCGCUGACGCUGACGGCGACUCGUAUCCUGGAGAUGGAGAGCAAGGUGCGGUCGCUAGAGCUGGAGACAGCGUUGGAAGCCGAGCGCUCCCGUCUCGCGGCACUGCGCAAGCGGCACUACCACCUCGCGCAGAUGGAGGAGAAUGGCGGUAUAACCAACGGUAAAGAAUGAGCAGUUAAUUACGAACAUGAAGCGAAGCAAGGAUACGACAUUAUAACGAAUCAUUCUUAACUUGCAUUUUGGUACAACGAAUAGGUAAUGUCGAGAAAGUUUGUAGUAGUACAUUAAACCUCCAUUGAAUUUAACAAAAGAGAGAAUCAAUGUCUUCCCGAUCGAGAAGGCUCAAUGUAUUGCAAACGUAGCGGUAGACACGAUAGCGUUAGGUGACGAAUUGUGUGUCGAAUCUUGUAUAAUCAAUGGGCAAUUAUAAUGUAAGGUUAAAAUAGUUCGAGAAAGUUCUUAUGACCGGUGACUUCACCACUUUUGUGGGAAUUAGUAGAGCUCCAACUAAUGUAUAACUAACUUUAAUGUAGAUAAAUAAAUUUAAAACUAAUUAUUUGUACAGGAAUUAAAUAUUCUCUACUUUUUCUAAAGUCUAGCUCUCGAAUGAAAUUGGGGUCGAUUCAGAAACACUAUUCUCUAUCUCAAAAACUAAUGUUUCUGUUUGGUAUUUUUUAUGUAACAUAGAAUUAGACUAAAACUGAUAGUUUACUUGAUAAAAAGUGGUAAUUCUCGCCUAUAUACGCGAAUAGUAAUACACUGUAAAAUUAAUUGCUAAAUCUCACCCUGUAAACUGAGAUACAACUAUGUAAGUUCAGUUUAUUAGCAGCAGAUAUACAAGAAGGCUAGUAAUGUCCUAGCAAAGAACUUUUAUACAGUUUGUUUGGUAUUUCUUUAAAAUUACUUUAAAGAUGUGUAUUGUAUUGGGUAUUAUGAUAUAGAAUUGAAUUAAAUAUAUUUUACUAAAUGACAAAUAUAAUUCAAUUUUUUCGUAAAGUUUAUAAUAGUUGCGCCAAUUUAUCAAAUAUAAAAUUUUAAAUUUAGAGAAUGGCGCCUCAGAAUCGACUCUAUCGAGAGGCUCAAAACCGUUAAGACGGACCAUGUGUCAGCCUUUGUUCAGUAAAAGAUAAUGAUUGCCGCAAUGAAAACAUUGAGGGUUAUCACUGAACAUCAACUCAGUAAAAUUUAUAUAAAAUUUUGAUAAUUUAAUAAUACAGAAAAGGGUGUUAUCAAUUAUAAAUCCAGAGAAAUAUAAUUUAUAUUAAUAAAACUGAGUAACGUUUCAUAUUAUAUCUAAAUAAAAAAAAAAUUAAAAUUUCAAACAAAAACUGUGACCUUGGUUUGUAUAAAAUAUACAUAUUUUUUUAGUAUUUGAUUUUUCUUGAGGAAUGAUUUUCGGUUAGACAGUUAUUAGCUGGAUUUACAAUUGUUACAUUCAUUUCGUUGCACAUAAUUUUGAACGCAUUCUAUGGUAGUGAUAUGUAGAAGGCUAUACAAGCCUUUAAACUGUAUUUUGUAUCCCCACGACAACUAGCUAUAUCUAAUAAGAAAGGAAUAUUAAGCUUUAAGCAAAGAGACUAAGGAAUAGUAAUGUGAAUGUAUCUACAUGUAUAGUUAUAUUUUAUAUGUUUAAAUUUAAAUAUUUUUAUGAGUGUUGAUAUAUAUUUUUUUUAGAUUUAACGUGACAAUUAUUAUGUAUCAUAUAGAUUUAGAUAGCAGUGAUUUGAAAACACUAGUCUACAUGUUUUUUCAUGCAGCAUUUUGGGGGAAUCAUUAUCAUAUAUAUAUAAAAAUUCACUACUUAUAACUUUUUAUAUAAUAAUUAAGUUUCAAUAAAUAGUUUUUGUUAAAUAAUUUUUCACUUUAUUGGUUGAAAUUAUUGCUAGAAUUAUAAUCACAAAAUUAAUUUUGAACACAUGAUUGUGAUUCCAUGGUUCUAAUAAAUCAUGACACGAUGUAGCAUCCCUCUUGCCAUCAUAUUUUUUUACUGUUAAAAUAUAUAGUGUAUUAUGUUCAUAACAUGAAAAUGCUCAACAGAAUUCAGUGAAAAAAUGGUGACAUUUGUAUCAAUUAAUAUACAUUCCUAAAAUUUUGCAUUUAUAUGCUUAAGCCCAAGCUAAGCAUCUAAUAAAAAUUAUGACGAUACGAAUCACUUUUGUACCAUUAAUAAAACACAGUCACCUACACGUGUAUGUAAUAAUUAACACAAAAUUACUAAUAAAUUGUAUAAAAAAGAAAGGGGUAUUAUUUACAAACUUUAAACAUUUGACAUGCUACCGGGGUACCAGUAAGUGAUAAUGAAAUCGACGACGCGUUCACUACGACUGUUUCUAGGGCGUAAAGGGUGACCUUCCAGAGUUUAUUGUUUACUAGCAAUGGUGCCGCUAGUCCCCAUUAUCAAUCCUUUUUGCUCCUUGUUAGGCUUUUUUAAUGGGAGAAAUUCGAAUGGUAACCCCGCCUGCUCUAUCGUAAAGGCAUCAUUGUGAGAUGAUAUAUGAAAAUGAAAGUAGGUCACUUGGCUCAUCAUGAUGAAUUCAAAAAGAAUUAACAACAUUGUUUUCCAAGGGGACCUGUGUGGAAGUUAAUCUGAUAAGAGUAUAUUGCCAGCAAAGAGGCUGUUAGAACCCCAUUACUAAUAAUCCCUUUCCCGCCGUUACAAUCAAGUUUUUUUUUUUUAUACAACUUAGAAUAGCAAACAAGCUGACGGUCCACCUGAUGGAAAGUGGUAACCGUGGCCUAUAAACAUGAGCAGUACCAUGGACAUAAGAGUAUACCGUUUCGCCCAUGAUACCCCCUAUGCGUUGCCAUUCCUGAGGACUCGGAUGUUAUUCCUCUGUACCCAGUAAAUUCACGCCAUAUCCCACUCUUCAAACCAAAACACAACCAUGCAAACACAACUGUUUUACGGUAGAAACACGAAUGGGACAGAGGUACGCAAGCAAUCGACUUUUGUACAAAGUCUCCCUCUGGUAACAACCCAACUGUGAGAGGAAACACUUCGACUUUCUAAUUUUGAACAAAAAUGUAGAACAAAAAUAAUUCAAAUCUAGAUUUGGCUACAACAAAAAAUUAACACACUAAGUGAAAUACUUAUAUAUGCAUACAUCUAUUUAAAUGAUCGUCUGGGUGUAACCACUAAAGAGGUGGCCAACGAGUGUACUCGUAUUUGUAGGCAUUUCAGAUUUGUUAGGUUAUUAAAUACAACAGCUAGAACGAGACGUUUCUUGUGCUGACGCUGAGGCGUCAUAUGGACAACGAGUUCUGUCUUGUGGCAGUAACAGGAAAAUGGCAGAAUUGAGCUACAAAAAUAUUAUAACGGGGUGAUAUUGGAUAAAAACAAUUGAUUUGCUUACACAUAUUUCGUUUUAUUUGUUUUAAUAACUAAUACUGCUAUUAAAAAGUAAAACAAGCAUGGCAACAUCUUACUGAUUACACUAAUAAAAUAAUAUACAUACACUACUGGUGAAAAUAGUUCCCGGCACAAAAUUUUGUAUAAGAUAGCAAAAUUACCGUUCAUGAUGCGUACCGAGAAUUAUAUAGGGCAACAAUAAUUAUAGGAAUAGAGUACACAUUUAUAUUACUGAACUUAU